AUGGCCUGCCUCAGGCAACAAAGCAGGCUUUUGAGAACUCCCUCUCCAAUAGCAUUCAUCGAUCAUAUGGAAGUUGAUCCAAUUCUUGAUAAUGACAGGCUGUCUGCCAACAAUAACUUGCAGAUGGCCGAGCAGCAUGAAGUCGGCGACCUCGUACAGCAAGGCAUGUCACCAGAAGAGCAAGAGGCCUUUGACCUGGAAACUCAGGGCUACUGCAUCACCGGCUGGAACCAAAUCUGCCACACCGGAGAGGUAGCAAAGGCGCGGCGCGAAGAGAGAGCAGACAGACAACAGAAGAGGAAAGACAGUAAUCUCGCAGCCUACAACCGCAAUAAAGACCACGUCAUCGAUCGAUUGAAGCGGGAGGUAGAAAGCAAGAAUCUCGAGAUUCAGAGUCAGUACUUGAAGAUCUCUGAGUUGAACGCGGCUCAAAAGGCGACGAGGCGGGAGCAUCAAGCUGAGCUGGAGAGCCAUGCACAUAUGGAAGCGCUUCUGCUUGCAGACCUUCGUGAAUCGUGUCAGGCCAAUGACGAAGAGGUGGAGGCGUUGAAGGAGACUAUCGAUCGUCAAGCACUCCCACCUGCUUACACCGACAUCAACAACCAGGUCCAUAUUCCCAAGGCCACAGACGGCGGUCCUGCCGAUGCCCGCACUGUCAUGGCAUCAGCCAUCACCUCCCUCCGCGCAGCCAUCGCCGACCCCGAACCAGCUCGCCAUACCAACCCUCUGAUCCACGUCGCUGACACUCUUCGCACCUCUCUCCGCACGAUCAAGCGCGGCCACAAACCCAAACUCUGGCCCCGAUCAACUACUGCCUUGGCUCUACACGCCGUUCACGAGUGCAUCGAUCGCGUCGUCAUGUACCUAUCCCUUCACCCAGAGUUAUACGCCCACUUACCGGUUCCACCACGCUUCCUAUCCCGCCUCCCUGGUAUAGCCAAACGAGCACACACAGCACUCCGAAAAGCUUUUGCCGCAGCCGAUGCUUUGGCAAAAGAAUUUUGUUCUCUGCAUUUCGCUGCUGGAGGUCGAAGAGCUCAAUUGGAUGGUUCUGCUUCCUCUUCUCGGUCGGCUGUUCCUACACCAAACAGUAUGCUAGACUCGAACGAUGACUUUUUGGACCUGCAGUAUUGGAAGAAGAGGUUUGAGGGUGCGAGGCAGGAGGCGCAGGACUGGAAUAGGGAGGUUGGUGCUGUGGUGUUUGAUGGAACUGUUGCUUGGUUGGAGCAGGAGAUUUUGACGACGAUCUGA